UCGAACUGACAGGAAGAAAGCAUGCACCACAUGGUUCUGUCAUAUACGUCUGCUUGUUUCUCUUCAGAAUUUGCCUACAUUCGUUUUGUCCAUUUUUGUUUGUGCAGAGAAAGGCUUUGAGGCAAAACCUAUCCCAAACCUUAUUCAUCCCUAUUUUCUAAGCUGUUUGCUGUUUGCUCCUUUCCCUUUGGCUGGUUGCAUAGCAGGGUGUGAGACAGGUUGUUGGGGUGUUUGGGGCACAGGGGCAGAUGGCUCUUGGUGUGUAGUGCAGUGGAAAAGCCACUGUGUGUGGAGGAGAGGAGUGGAAACAAAAGGAGAGAGAGGAUUCGGCAGACAUGGGAUGUUGCAGCGUGACCCCGAUAACCAAAGGAGUCGAUGAUGUGGGUCCAGACGAGAUCGAGCUUUUGGAGAUUGAAGGUGCAGGAUACUCCUACUCAGGCUGGCCAGAUCAUUGACAAAAUUGGUCCUUCAAAACCAACCAAAUGGAUAAGAAGAAAUUUUCCCGAAAAAUUCUUUCACAAAGGGUCUGGACUUUAGGAGAAAGUAAGCUGCAGAUUACCUUAAAGAAUGAGACAGAUGAACCUCCGCAACACUCUCCACCUGCCAGGAAUCUUACAAAAGAGAUAGGCUUGUGUGAGGGCUCAGAUCCAAUCUCUGCAAAAGAGUCUGCUCAGAAAAGGACCUCACAAGUUGUACUGUGGGGCCAGACUAAAGAUGAGCUACACCAAAAGCUGUACACACAUCUAAUACGAGACUGGGAGGGACGAGCGCCACACGCUUAUGGAGACAUCAUUUACUCUUCUCUAGUGUUCUUACACAAUGGCUACACAAAGGUUAUGACUGAAAGGUAUCUGGUUCUUUUUUCAUUUCAUUUAUUAAUCCUCGCCCUGGAUAACUCAACUCGUGACUUCAUCUAUGAGGGCGUACUUCCUCUGUCAGCAAUUGAGGUGAGAGUGAUUUCUCAGAAGGACCCCUGUACUCCACACAUGUUCGAGAUCAGUGGGCCCAUGGUGGACUCUAAGAUUUUCCUCUGUGCCAGUGCUACGGAGCAAAGGAUCUGGAUUGAGAACUUAGAGGACAGGAGAUGCAAGUCCCUCAGACAGCAGCUCAGCCCUUCUCACACUGCUCUCUCCUACCUGUUGCCAUGUGAUGAGGCCUGGAAGAGGGAGGAGCUGAAGCGGUACCUGCUGAGGUCUCCCAUAUUGCAGUGGGAGGGAUCCCCUAUCCAGCACAUGGGCCAACCUCUCUACCUCUCAUUGGUACACAUCAGCAAUACACAGAGACAGGGAUCUCAGGAGCGUCUCUUCGUGCUCUUUCCUCUGGACCUCCUUAUCCUGUCUGUUGACAGUCAGCGGCUCUGGGUCAAAUAUGAGGGUCGUCUGCCAAGGAAGAGUAUCAGAGCUUUGGAGAGAUCUGCCCGGUAUGGCAGACUUGAAUUCGAACUUACAGGAGAAUUGAUGGAAUCUCUGUUGGUCUCAUGCACUUAUGCAGAAGACUACCAGAGCUGGAUUUUCCAAUUACAAGAGCCUGAAAAGACACAAGCCUUUCCUAAUCACACACCUCCACCUCUCAUACCGAAGAAGCGCAGAAGCUGAAGUCACAAGGCAAAGGCAUGCAACGGUCAAUGCACAGGUUCCCAGAGGUUAACAUCUGUCCUGCACACUUAAUGUUUCCCUGCUCUAACACAAUUCAAUUAAUCAUCUAAUUAACUGCCCUUAACUGGGACUGUUAAAGCAGGUAAACACUAAAAUGUGUAGGGCAAGUUCUGCUCCAUGACCAGGCCUCUGAACCUGUGGUCUGCAGUAGUAAACUACAAAAAAAAAAGAAAAAAACUCAUUGCGUAAAAUUGCCUUUAAACAGGAUUAUGUUCUGUUUGCUAUGUACAGUUUCUGUCCAAUGAAAAUACUCUAGACAUGCAUGCAGCAGCUUGUACAGAUAUGCUUUUCAUCUAAAUCUAAUUAAAAUGUGUAGAUUCAAACAAGAUGCAUCAUUAGACCAGUCAUCUCUUGCAAAAUGCAUGCACAUGCCUUUACACAUGGAAGCCACAAACUUACCUGCUUUCUGAACAGCUUUGUUUUCUUAUAAAACCAUAAAUGCUUCUCUGAGACGUAAUAAAUUACUUUCAUCAGACGUGCAUUCCUGAGCUGCUGCAGUAGAUCUCUCUUAUCUUAUUAAGCUCAGCUCUUAUUCUGUAGCCGUCACUACUCUGAUUUAGAACAGUCACAAACUCAGAGAAACGAACUCCGGAGUUCUUGGUAUUGCUGUCACAAUAAAGCUAUUCAGUUUACCUCA